AUGAAUAAGAAAGUGUGUGAAAAGUUCGAGAAUGUAUGGGGUAAAUUUCCCGAUAAAUUAACCAGUGAUAAUAAGUACCAAUUUAAAACAGAAAAUUUCUUAGAUGGUUAUUGUGAUAGUUAUAGUUGUGAUACUGAUGCCGAAAAAAUUAAUGGUGGAUGUUUAUAUCUUUUUAAUCAAAUAUUUGGGACUUCUCAAUUGUUUAAGUCUGUUGCAAAUAGUAACAUCAAUAUUGUUGAGUACAUUAUGAUAUGGUUAAGUUAUAUGUUAAACCUAAAGGAACAAACAGGAAAUGAUACCAAUCUAGAAUAUUUUUAUAGUACAACUAUAGAUAAUGAUAGGUAUAAAAAUUCUAUAGCUGAUGUUAAAGAGUAUAAAAAUUAUAAGGAUCUUAUAGAUAAAAAAAAAGAAUUCAUGGAUAUUUCUAAUGAAAAAAUAUCUAAACUUUAUGAUUUAUUUAAAAGUUUAUGUAAUAUGUAUUUUUAUUUGGAUGAAAACAAUCCAGAUUGCACGAAAUAUAUAUCAAACGCUAAACAAUUUGUUAACAAUUAUAAAGAACUUUAUGGAGAUUCUAGUAAUAAUGAUAAUAGUUUAUAUAGACAAAUAUUAUCUAAUUUAUCAACUGAUUAUGGUAAUUUAAAAAAGAAAUGUAAAAAUAGUUCGUCCUUUCCAUCGAUAGAAAUAACAGACAAUUCUGCACACACUUCUGAAGUUGCAUCAUCAAGUUCGUCGAUAUCAAAGAACUUAUUUAUAGUUUUAUCGAUAUUUGGUGCAAUAGGAUUUUUUUUAGGAAUUUCUUAUAAGUAUUCGUUAUUUGGAUUUCGGAAAAGAGUUCAAAAACAAAAAUUAAGAGAAAAAAUAAAAAAUAUAAAGAAGAGAAUGAAUCAAUAA